AUGGAGGCCGCCCUGAAUGAUCUAGAUCCUGUACCAAUGGAUGACCAGCAGGCGUGGGAGCUUUCUUAUCAUGAAGGGCCUAUGAUCGAGAUGGAUCACGACGACAACAACUGGCAGCUGCCUUCCCAUGCAUCAUUCCAGGGGAAAGACCCUAUCUUGUCGGCGAUGUUGACGAGUGCAGACAUGUUUUCUCCCAGCCCGCCCAUGCCAAUGCCCAUCACCUACAGCCCCGACGUCUCUGAUCUCGACUUCGACUCCAUACGACUCCUACUAGAUCGCUAUCAGCAUACAUUGGUGCCAUACUUUGUUCCUGUCCGGAUUCGAGCAAAGUCUCCCUGGGAGACCCUCCACAUUCCCAAAGUCCAUGAGACACUGGGGGAGGUGAUGGUCAGGGGGGACGGAGGCAAUGCGAGAUUGGCUUUGACUUUCGCCGUCUUGGGCGCAAGUGCCUUCCAUCUUGAUAUCCUACGACCGAGGACGAACGCGGUGGCUGGUCCCCUAUGGAGAGUUCUGGGUGACCGCUACCGAGUGCGGGCCAAGAGUCGACUCAAGUCAUGCCUACGCAAUAUUUCGUCCGGCAAGAAAGAGGAAGACUAUAAGGAUGUACUGGUCGCCUUGUUGAGCAUGGUGACGAUAAGUGUUGUCAGUGGAGAGAUGGACGAAGCAUAUGCCUAUCUGCGCGACAUUGAGCGCUUGAUUGCCUUAUAUGGCGUCGACAAGAUCCGCAAAUCUGUGGGUGUGCGAAUGCUGCACAGCACGUUCCUAUAUCUUCGCACCUUGCAGGCGAGCAUCGGCAUCUUCGGCCACAGCGCCCCUGGGGCCAUGUUAAACGGGCAUCUCAGAGGGUCGGGUGACGGCGAAAGCGCAAGUGCAAGAGCAAGUGCUUCAAUGCUCGCGAGCCAGAACGCCGGCCUGUGGACAGAGCUGCUCCAAGCAGAGGAACACUCCGAUUCCACCGCCACGAGGCAGACGGGUGAUCAACCUCGAGUAUGCCACUCUUGUGGAGCCAACAAAUCCAUCUUCGAGCAGAUCUACUCGGUGCCCGAAUCCUUGUUCCUCCUCAUAUCGCGCGCCACAGUUCUGACCCAAGAAGUUCAACGGCUCAAGCAAGAGCAAGCUAGAUCAGGCCACGUCGACCACGAUCCAUUUUCGGUCAAAGUCAGUCAGCUGGAGACGGACAUCUGUGGCUGGAAGAAUGACAUUGACAUGCCUAUGCCUGGUCCCAGCCAAAACACUGCUAGGACUAAUACUGCACACUGCUCGAACUGCCACUUGACAAUCUCGAGGCCUGAUGCCGAGUCCGAGUCUGAGUCAGGUAUGAAUCUGAAUCUUGAUCAGAAUCAGAAUGGCCAGAGACCGCCACUGUGUGAAGCCUUGUUAUACCAUUUCAGGGAAGCCCUACACGCGGCCCUCCUGAUCUACUUCUACCGAUGUGUUCGGAACGUCGACACACUGUUCUUACAGCAGUUCGCCGAGAAGACAAUCGAGCAUUUACUCCGAUAUGCCGAAUAUAAGCGACAGUCCCUAGAUCCGUCCUCGAAUCUCUGCUGGCCCGGAUUCAUUGCCGGGUGUGAAGCAAUGGAUCCGAAGAGCCGACGUCGCAUCUCAGCCUGGUUCACCGCCGAAACGGCCCAGACGGGCAUUCGCAUGUUCGAAGUCGCAGGCCAAGCUGUGCAGCAGGUCUGGGAUGCGCGAGAGCUGGCAAAUGAUCGAAACCUGCCUUGGUCUCAAGUGCUCAAGGAGAGCAGGACGCUGGACAAACUGGUGCUCAGUUGA